UUUAAUUUUACAAUUUGAAGUAAAUUAUACACACCCUUAAAAUCAAAUAUAAAGCCAGAAGAGGAAGCACAUUACAGAUAAAUAUAGUAAUACAAGGUGAGGCAGUGAGAUAGCAUAAGUUUAAGUGACACAUCUAUAAAAUCAAAUAUAUUAUGGUACGAGCUGAAAUAUAAUCAAGAGCGAGGAAGAACUCUCUGGUGCAAUUCUUAUUUUCCAGGGCCAAAAGAUUCAGUUUCAAUUUCACUUUUUUAGUUAUUUUAAUUAAUGAUAUAUUCUUAUCAUUUAUUCAUUUUCAUCCACCCAAAAUUAAUCAAAUGUUUAUUUGAGCUUGGGAUUUUUGUACUAACACAUAAAAUUAUUUCGAAAUUAAAAAACACCUGUUAGUUUUGAAUAAACGAAUCUAAACUCUAUUAUGUUAAAACUGAUCAAAAAACAAAAUUUGUCAAAAUUUUCUUCUGAGGGUGAUUAUCAGUUGAUUGUUAUUGACUAUUGUUAUAGACAGACCUUUGACUUCAAAACAAUGAACAAGGAGAUGAGUGCUGCCUUGACACAAGAGGAUUCGGUCAAAGAGUCGCCAACUGACACUGAUGAAAGCCUGGAGUCCGAGUCUGAUCCUGGUUUAAGGGAAGGUAUCACUGAGAAUGUAGUUUCACCUCCUCGUUGUUUGCCCUCGAGUAAUGGUUAUCUAUUAAUUAAGGGUACUUCUGUCGUUUCAAUUUAUGAUUUUGAGUGAUUAUUUGAAGUUUGCUUCGUUUGAUUUGGUCACUCUGUUUUGUAUUUUCUUUAUCUGGUGGAGGUAAGGGAUGCUAGAAACCCUCCUCUGUCUCAGUAUCCCAAGCGUAAUCAAGUAUUGUAUACUCAAACUCAUGAUGGUAACACAGUAAGGGUCUUUUCUUCCUCAACAUCAUAUAUUUUUUCUGGUUAAGAGGAAAUUGCCACAUGCUACCUCACAAUCUUGAGUAUUUAGUGUGGUGGAACCAUAUUACUUGCUGGACGCUGCUAAACCAGUUAAUUAUCGAAGAUAUGAUCAUUGUUUGAUAUGUUUGUGUCUUCAUGGACUGUCUUUUGAUGAUAUUAUCCCAUCAUUAUGUGGCAGGGAGGUAUAACUGAGAAUGUAGUUCUGCCUCCACCUCUGCCUUCGCCUCCGCCUCGGCCUCGGUCUCGGCCUCGGUCUUGGCCUCGGUCUCCGUCUCUGCCUCGGUCUUGGCCUCAGUCUCCGCCUCCGCUUCCGCCUGGGUCUUCGUCUCCGCCUCGGUCUCGGCCUCCGCCUCCGCCUCCUCUACACUCGAAGUAUGCAAGGGAUUUUGAAAACCCUCCUCUGUCUCAAUUUCCCAAGCGCAAUCAGGUGGUGUACACUCAAACUCGUGAUAAUAACAGAAUAAGGGGAGUUAUCACUGAGAAUGCAGCUCCGCCCAUCAAACCUGUUCCUCGUCCAUGCAAUUACUCGGCAUUUGCAAGGGAUUUUGAAAACCCUCCUCUGUCUCAGUAUCCCAGGCGCAAUGAGGGGGUGUACGCUCGAACUUGUGAUAAUAGCAGAGGAGUUAUCACUGAGAAUGCAGCUCCGCCCAUCAAACCUGUUCCUCGUCCAUGUAAUUACUCGGCAUUUGCAAGGGAUUUUGAAAACCCUCCUCUGUCUCAGUAUCCCGGGCGCAAUGAGGGGGUGUACGCUCGAACUUGUGAUAAUAACAGAGGACUUAUCACUGAGAAUGCAGCUCCGCCCAUCAAACCUGUUCCUCGUCCAUGUAAUUACUCGGCACAUGCAAGGGAUAUUGAAAACCCUCCUCUGCCUCAGUAUCCCAGGCACAAUGAGGGGGUGUUCACUCGAACUUGUGAUAAUAACAGAAACAUGGAGAUGACUGCUGCCUAUAAACAAGAUCUGGUCAAAGAGUUGCUAAAUGACACUGAUGAAAGCCUGAAGCUCGAGUGUAUUCGUGGUCAGUGCUCUAUUUACAGGGUGCCUAAAAAGAUUCGUAGUGUAAAUGAGCAAGUCUACACUCCUGAGGUAAUUUCAGUUGGCCCCCUCCACCAUGACAAAAAGGAAUUAUCUCACAUGGAAAAGAAAAAAAAGUAUGUGAAAAGCUUUUUUCGACAAAUACAAACAGAGAAAAAAAAGAAAAUAGAUAAAAUUCUAAGUUUUAUCGAGGACAAUGAAAAAAGAAUUUGUGAUUGUUACGCAGAAGCAUUUUCACUUGAGAGUCAUGAGUUUGUUACGAUGAUUUUAUAUGAUUCUAUUUUCAUUUUAGAGAUCUUCUUACGAGUGAGCUUAGAUGAUGCAAGUGAUAUAUUAUUAUUAGAUACACCAGCAGCAGUCAAUACUUUAUGGACUGACUUGCAAUUAUUUGAAAAUCAACUUCCGUAUUUUGUCCUCAAGAAAAUAUACAAGUUGGCUUCCGUUGACACCUCCCUACCUCCCUUCAUGGACCUUUGUGUUAAUUUCUUUGGCAAAUUUAUGGGUGUUCGAUUGAGUACUUCAACCGUUGAUAAGGUUAAACAUUUCACAGAUUGGAGAAGAAUUAGUCUACUCGAAGGCUACUCGUCAGUGUCAGAUAAAAACUGGGUUUCUGAUUUACCUUGUGCAGUAAAGCUACAUGAGUCAGGGUUAAAGUUUAAGUGUAUUGAAAUUGAAACAGGACAGAGCGUACUUGAUAUAAAAUUUGAAGCUAAUGAAUUGCAGAUACCACGGCUAGAUGUAUUUGACUCUACUGAAUGUCUGCUUAGAAACAUUAUGGCUUUGGAGCAGUGCCUUUACCGGGAGAAUGCUCAGGUUUGCAAUUAUGUUGAACUGAUGGAUUACCUUAUUAAUGAUGAAACGGAUGUGGAAUUGCUCAUUGGAAGUGGAAUUAUUUCCAAUCAUAUGGGGGACGAUGCUUCAGUGGCAACUAUGUUUAACAAACUUAAUCAACAUAUACCUAAAAGCAAAUCUUCUUACCAUAACUUAAGCGAGCAGCUCAAAGAACACUACAACAAUCCCUGGAAUAGAGCCAAGACAACUUUGAAAAGAGUAUAUUUCAGCAAUCCAUGGAGAAGCACAGCAACUGUCGCAGCGAUAAUACUCUUGUUUCUUACUAUUAUAGGAACUAUAUGUUCUAUCUUGCAGGUUGUGUAAUUUUAAUUGAUAAUUGUGUUAGAUCCAAAAUCUACUUGCAUUACUAUAAUAUGUAGUGUGAAGCUCCUUAUUUUAAUAAGAAUAUGUGUUUGUAUA